AUGAUCCGCCGCCUUCCCAUCCCCAACGCCGCCGCGAAAUCCCACCAGUACAUUAAAGUCUCUCUCUUCUCCACAUCGCCGCCGGAGAUAACACCGCCGUUUAUUCACAAAUGCAAGACCGUUUCCCAAGUCAAGCUCAUUCAUCAGAAACUCAUCUCCUUGAGAAUCCUAACUUUGAAUAUCACUUCCCACCUCAUCUCCACCUACAUCUCCCUCGGUUGCUCAUCUUCUGCUGUAUCACUACUCCGUCGCUUCCCUCCUUCCGAUUCAGGUGUCUACCAUUGGAAUUCUCUCAUUCGCUUCCACGGCGAGAAUGGCCGCGUCGGUGAAUGUAUCUCUUUAUUCCGUCUUAUGCAUUCUCUGUCAUGGACGCCGGAUAAUUACACAUUCCCUUUCGUCUUCAAGGCUUGCGGAGAGAUCAACUCCGUUCGCUGUGGAGUCUCUGCUCACGGGCUUUCUCAGGUGACUGGUUUUAUGUGCAAUGUCUUUGUGGGGAACGCGCUUGUGGCUAUGUAUUCUCGUUGUGGUUCAUUGAGUGAUGCACGGAAGGUGUUCGACGAAAUGCCUGUUUGGGAUGUUGUAUCGUGGAACUCUAUAAUAGAAAGUUAUGCGAAGUUAGGCCAACCUAAGAUGGCGCUUGAAUUGUUUAGCAAGAUGACCAAUGAGUUCGGAUUCAUACCUGAUGAUAUCACCAUUGUGAAUGUUCUUCCUCCUUGUGCUUCCCUUGGAGCUCGUUCACUAGGGAAGCAAUUGCACGGUUUUGCGAUCACAAGUGAGAUAAUACAGAAUAUGUUUGUAGGAAAUUGCCUGGUGGAUAUGUAUGCAAAGUGUGGGAUGAUGGAUGAGGCAAACACGGUGUUUUCGAACAUGUCAUUCAAGGAUGUAGUGUCCUGGAAUGCCAUGGUUGCUGGGUAUUCACAGAUUGGAAGAUUUGAUGAUGCUGUUAGGUUAUUUGAGAAGAUGCAGGAAGAAAAUAUAAAUAUGGAUGUUGUUACUUGGAGUGCUGCUAUUUCAGGGUAUGCUCAGCGGGGCCUUGGAUAUGAAGCUUUGGGUGUGUGUAGGCAGAUGUUGUCUUCCGGGAUAAAACCAAAUGAAGUCACACUUAUUUCAGUUCUUUCAGGUUGUGCUUCUGUUGGAGCAUUGAUGCAUGGUAAGGAGAUUCAUUGUUAUGCCAUCAAGUAUCCUAUAGACUUGCGUAGAAAUGGUCAUGGUGAUGAUAAUAUGGUCGUUAAUCAACUGAUUGACAUGUACGCUAAGUGCAAAAAGGUUGAUGUUGCGCGUGCAAUGUUUGAUUCACUUACCGCCAAGGAUAGGGAUGUUGUAACUUGGACUGUAAUGAUCGGUGGUUACUCCCAACAUGGGGAUGCAAAUCAAGCUCUCAACCUUUUUUCUGAGAUGUUCGGGCAAGAUUACCGAACAAGACCAAAUGCUUUUACCAUAUCAUGUGCCCUUGUGGCAUGUGCUAGUUUGGCGGCAUUAAGAGUUGGCAAGCAAAUUCAUGCUUAUGCAUUGCGAAACCAGCAGAAUGCAGUACCGUUGUUCGUAUCAAACUGCCUAAUAGACAUGUAUGCAAAAUGUGGAGAUAUCGGUGAUGCCCGGCUUGUAUUUGAUAACAUGAUGGAGAGAAAUGAAGUAAGUUGGACAUCUCUAAUGACUGGUUACGGUAUGCAUGGCUAUGGAAAAGAAGCUCUUGGAAUCUUUGAUGAGAUGAGGAGAAUAGGAUUUAAGCUUGAUGAAGUUACAUUACUUGUUGUACUGUAUGCUUGCAGUCAUUCAGGAAUGGUAGAUCAGGGCAUGGAGUAUUUCAAUAGAAUGAAAACUGAUUUUGGGGUUAGUCCUGGCCCGGAGCAUUAUGCAUGUUUGGUUGACUUGUUAGGUCGUGUUGGCCGUUUGGAUGCAGCGUUACGCCUUAUUGAAGAAAUGCCAAUGGAGCCUCCUCCUGUGGUAUGGGUUGCUUUGCUCAGUUGCUGUAGAAUCCACGGAAAAGUUGAACUCGGGGAGUACGCCGCUAAAAAAAUAACAGAACUAGCA